AUGAACGCCCCAAAGCCCAUCCUCAUCUCCGGCGCCGGCCUCGCCUCGCUGCUGGUUGCGCGCUCGCUCCACCGCUCUGGGAUUCCCUUUCUCGUCUUCGAGCGCGAUGCAAGCAUCAUCUUCCGCGCUCAAGGCUACCGCCUACGUCUCUCGGCACAAGGCCUUGACGCCAUCGAGGCUGUCCUCGGGCCCACGGGCUUCCAGAAAUUCUACGACGCGUGUGGCAAGACAGGAGGCGCGGGGUUCGCUGCGAUUGACCCUUUGACUGGCGAAACGCUAGGCGCGGACGUUCCGUCGGUCUCGAACGAGCCAUUGACGAGCCGGGAUGGCAAAGUUGUGGGUAUAAGUAGGGGAGACAUGCGCCAGCAAUUCAUGGAGGGCCUAGAAGACAAAGUGCGCUGGAACCACCAUGUGAGCGGCUACGAGAGCACAAGCGCAGGCGUGCGAUUGCUAUUCGCAGAUGGCAGUAGGAGCGAGGAAGGGUCCAUGAUUAUUGGCGGCGAAGGCGUCAAGAGCGAGGUUGCGAGACAGCUCAGCGACGGCGCCAUCAAAGUCUACGACCUUGGGUCUCGCGGCAUCCAUGGCCAGGCGCCGACGACAGCCUUCAAGGGGCUGGGCGAGGGCGUGUUCCGCCUGGCCGAUGACACAACUCAACCAAAUGGCGGCAAGGUCUUUCUCAUGACAAACGUGCGUGCAAGCGAUAUGAACAACCCUGAUAUCCACUUUGGCUGGACAAUGGGCGGCUCCCCAGGUGUCAUCAAGGCGCCGAAUGAUAACUUUACCAUCACGGGUCCACCAGCUGCCCGCAUCGCCAAGUCGCUCACCUCACACUGGCACGAGCGCGUCAAGCCGCUCUUUGACAACAUGGUCGAGUCGGAAGCUGCUUUUUGGAAAAUUACAUGCUCGUCCCCCACUGGCGUACCAGAGUGGCCCAACGACCCGCGCGUCACAUUAGUUGGAGACGCUGUGCACGCCAUGACGCCUGCAGGCGGAAACGGUGCGAACACCGCCGUGCAAGACUCAGCUUUGCUUGGACGCUUGCUCGCCGAAGCUUGGAAACGGGGAGAUGGUGAUAGCUGGGCAGGCGUAACAAAAGCAUAUGAGGAUGAGAUGCGCGUGUACGCGAGCGCAGCGGUUAAACAGAGCUACAAUCAAGCUACGGGCCUGUUUGGCGCAUCGAUCGAUCCUGAGACGACAGCGACGGUAAAUGAGUAUGUCGCGCCCAACUAG